AUGGGUAUCGUGAAUUUGUACAGUGUGCUGGUUGUGUGCCUUUUUGGCAUAGUGUGCUCCUGGUUUAAUAAGUCCGAGGUCAGCGCUUGGGCUGCCUCCCCUGUAUUGGAUAAUAAGGGUAUAAAUUAUGAAGAUGACUACUAUAACGUUGCGCAAAAGGAUUUAAUGUCAUCCUCCUCCUCUUCAGCAGCAGGAGCAGCAAGUAGAAAAAGGAGAUACAUCUUAGAUGUACGAUCCUUUGGAAAAACGUGCCUCUUGGAGUACGAAAACAUUUGUGAAACUGCAGACUAUUCUAUCCAUGUGAAGAAUGGAAUAAGCGGUCAUGUUAUAAAGGCAACCUUGAUUCAAAAAGAAUCAAGUGAUAUUGUCUCUGUACACAAUUUGACGGACACCUUUUCUAAGGAUGGAAGUGUCCAAUUUAUUUUUAAAGGCAUUCCAUCCCUACACUACAGUGUUGUGUUGGAAAUGUCGGAUUUGAUAAACAAUGCAGACUACGAUAUCGGUAACAAUUGUCACUGUCUAGGAUGUAGUGACAAUACGAGAGUAAUUGACUUGAGAGAAAUGGAAAAUAGGAUUACACACACAGUAAGAAGUGACAAAAAAAAUAAAAUCACAUUUCCACAAAAGACAUUCGUCCAUGGAAAUUUUUUAUUUAGCAAAUUUUUAUAUUUUCAUUCUGAACUAAAUGUAAAGACAAUUGAACAUUACACACAGCUAUAUUCUUUUUACAACGAAUUAGUGUAUCCUUGUUCAGGUACUAUUACGACACACUCGGUGAAUUAUAACAUCCAUUAUGACUUGUCUAGUGUGCACUGUUACCAUGUCCAUAUGGUUGAUAAGUUUAUAAAAAAGAUUGAGUCCUCAAUUGGAGAUGAAAGGACAAGCGGGAGCUCAACUUUGAAUUUCAUGAGCAAUAAUAAUAGCCAGCCCAUACUUAUCAAAUUGGAGGAUAGACUCUCAAAUGACAAGUUGGUAAACAUUGGCAAAAUGAACUACACAAUUCAACUUCCGUUGAAAUACAAAGAUGGUGGAUACUACUCUCCCAGAGGAAGCGUCGUCGGACGAUUGGUCACAAUUUACACGCGUCACGUCUUUUUCCAGAAGAAGUACAUUUAUAAGAAUAACGUGAACAACCGAAUGGAGUACGUGCACAUGUUUAGAAUUCUUUUUAAUUUAUUCAAGCAGUUGUACAACGUUUCGUAUGAAGAUAUGUUGUUCUACACCACCGGUUUGUCGAUGAAAAAGGAGGGGAACACCACUUCUUCUUUUUCUUCUUCCCACGUGGAUCAGGAGUAUAACAUAUAUGCCGAGGAGUUGUCGGUGUUGUUAAAUUCGUUAGCGUUUGAGUUCAGCGCAGAAGCAGUAGGACUCAAAAGAGAAGUAAUACUGAAGGAAGAAUCCCAGUUUGUGUCAGAAUACGGAUCGAACCACUUUGUGCAAGUGAAGGAAAAUCAACUUGUACUUAGAUCUUCCACUGAAAUAUGUUUAGUUGUUUUGGAAUCUAUCGCUCGUCAAUUGAGUAGAUUUAUAAACUUACAACUGAAGGAGGAGUAUAGGCACACGUGCAACACGGUGAGAGUGGGUCACAGUUAUGCGAACAUGUCCCCCAUGUAUCAUACGUAUGAGUUAGACUGUAACCUUUCCAUUUUGUACUUGGAAUAUAACCUAGCUGAAGAUGUCAUGGUAAAGCGCCUCAUCACGAACAAGACUCUAUUUGAGGAGGUCAAGUUGGAGCUUUUUUACAAUAACAUAUUUGGGUACACGGUGUAUGUGCAUGUACACGUAGAUGAAAGGUUUGUGCGCAGCUUGAAGAAGCGCGUACCGAAGUAUGUAAACGGAAGCACUGUGGUGACGAUGACGGUCAUAGGGAGAAGGGCCGACGCGCGAGACACUUCGGACGUGAUGGUAAUACUGAAGGAAAUUUCCUUCCCCAUGCAAUGCAGGGAGGGUAGCUGCACCAGUAAGCAUCCCAUAGUGGUGGAAGACAACUUGGACUACAUAACUGUUAAGGACAUAUGUGUGCAAAACGAGGGAUUGCCCAAAGUUUGCUUCCCCGCGUACAGUUUCGGGUACGUCUUUGACACGAGGUUGCUGCGAGUGCACAUGAUCAACAUCAAUCCGUAUCCCGAAAUUUUGCUGACUCCUUCGGUGCAGCGCUCUAUCGUUGAGGGCUACUUUUGCAUUGUGACACUCACCCCUGGAGGGAUGGUUCCUAACGUAUCGGUGCCCUCAGUGUAUGAGGACACGGUGUGCAAGGAGUACAUCAACAGGUGCAGUCUCAUAACGACGAAGUUUGUUCUGAACGAUGCGGGGUCGAUGGUUGGGAGUGCGGUUGCGGCUCUGAAGAGGAACCAGUUUGGAGUGCACCUGUCAACGCACUUUGAUGAGAAGCAUGAGGAGAUGCUGCAGGUCGUGUAUCGAUUAAGCAAGGGAAGCGGAGUAAGUGGCGGCGAGCAGAGCUUCAUCCUGACUCACUACAACGAGAGCUUUUACAUAAACGGGAGGUCGAACAAAAUUCAGUGGAGCCGCGGGAAGGAGUCUUUCUCCAAGGGAGGCUCCCCCGGGGGAGCGAAGGCUUUGCAUGGUAAUAGCGGCAAUGCCGACGAGGAAGAGGACGACGACGACUAUGAGGAGUACGCGUAUUACAAGGGGUUGUCUGAGAUCGACACCAAAACGCACAGGGUUCACGUGGUCGACAACAAAAGAGUGGUAUUAACCCACAUGCAGACGCCCAAACAGAAUGACGCCACUCUGUACCACCCAUUUGGAGAAAUCAGCAUUAAUUACGAGAAGAUCAAGCCUAACGUGUACAUGAAAUUUUUGAAUAAUUAUAUGUACUUUUACGAAGGGGCAGAGACGUACAACCAGGCGGAGACGUCGCCCCAUUUUGUAAACGUGUCUCCGUACCAGUAUGAGUGUUUGGGAGCGUACGCCUACUUGAUGAAUAAAUUCAACAUUCUUGUGAAUGACUCGCUAAAUUGUGAUGCGAUACAGAUGAUGGUUGAAGUUCUGUUGAAGGCCAACUUGGGAAAAUAUUUCAUCCACCUUAAGAACAAGAAAAUACAUUUGAACUUUUUCAAAAAAGACGAAGAUUCGCAUGACGUGUUCGACUUGGUGCAGAUGGAAAUAUACGAAUCGCACGCACCUUUGAAGCCGAUAAAGACGUACAAAUUGAAUGUUAGCAUUGAUGAAAAUAACUUAAACUUAUUGCACCAGCACAGGAAUGUCGAGUACCCCAACAAGUACUUCUCCAACGUGUAUAUACUUCUGUUUAAGGCGGCCUACUUAUCGAACGGGUACGACUUUUACUCGUUCUUUUACGACCUAACCGGAAUUCGCCUCAUAGAUAGUUUUGUUGUGGAGCACUUGGACAAGAUGAUCCCCACGGAGAGAGAGGCUGUGAAGGGCAUACAGUCUGUACUGAAAGACCAGUUCGAAGUAUCGCUGGAGAGACACACCACGCGAUACGACUCGUUGGUAAAUGAGAUAUCGUUGCUCGCGGCCUACGUCACGGAAUUAACGUCGUCUUAUAGGAAGGUAGCGCCGAGUGGCCGCGAUUGGGGGCAGGAAGCACAACAGCAAGGAGAAGGAGAGAAUCAAUCCGGAGCCGUGUCCGAGGAGCCCCUGGCAGGCAUCAAAUACUUCGUCUACGUGGACGAGUUCAAAUACAGAAGCGAGAAGAAGCUCACGGCGAACGAAAUGGCGUUCCACCUGUCCAAGCAUGGCGUCCUCAUGAUCAAGAAGAAGUCCCUGUGCUGUUCCAACUUUGUAGAUGAAGUGGAAAUUUCUUUAUACUAUCACAUUCUGUACAGAUACAUUUUGGCUAGCCACAAAUUUACUCAGGGUGUCGAAGACGAAACUACCCUGCUGCAGAUGAUGGAACCCGUUUCCUCCUCCCCAGCAGGAGUACCGGCAAUGGGAUACAGCAUAGUGCAGAAACUUCUCGGCCGAGAGGUAAGUUUCUCGGUUGCGAAUGCAAGCUGGAGCGAAAGCGACGUGGAGUACAUGACCAACUGGAUAAUGGGUGAAUCAGGAUAUAUAUCGCGCAAGGACGGAGAGGCACUGUCAGCCAUGCACGUGAAUGUGCUAGAUUGCAUAAACAUGGACCUGCAGAAUUAUGACGAAAACGUGAUCACGGAGUUCACAUCUGAGUUUGACAAGCACGGAGCGAUGGUGUCGAUCAAGAUGGAGAAGUGGGCAGAUAUCGCAGCGUCGGGAACAGCAUCAGCUACCCCCGCGCACGUAGGUGGAGACAACCAGUACACCGUCUACUUCCUCUUUAGAAACUUGGCAGUCCCCUUCGUGGGAGAGACGCACAAGACGGAAACGCUGGAGUUGCGCAGAGUGCUGUUGCUGAAGGGUGGAGACCCACACACAGUUACAGAAAAGUCGGUGGUUUUCAAAAUUUACAUCGACAACGUGAACAGCAAUUCUAUUUUUAUGCUGGAGAAGGUUAUCUUCGUUUCGAAAGAGGGCAACCAGCUGGUGAAGGAGAUCAAUGUAGAGUACCAAACCUUUUUCGUGCACCCGUAUAGCAUGAUCUUAAACACAGAAAUUAGAAACACACACAUAGGAGUGACUGAAGUGUAUUAUGACAAGACGUUGGUAUGUCACCAUUAUUAUAACGGGCUGCAGGUUUGCAAUAAUCCCAAGUUCGACUAUGAAGGAUUUUCUCCCUACUACGUGUCUUACUUGGAAAAUAAUCAGCGAAAAGACAUUUUGUUCAAGAGCAAGGAAGAGGUAGCGAAUAUGAUUAACAAUGGAUAUUUGACUGUGUCGAAGAGGUUUCAACUUAAUAUGGGAGGAGAUGUGAUGACAGCAGAUAUUUAUCGAACCGUCCGCAUUAUUGUGGAGGAAGUAGCCUACUCAGUGGGCAUACACAAUCUAGGAGAGAAGUCUUGUGGAACGCUCUAUUUGAACAGAGGACAACUGCACGUUCCAAACGAUGGGAAGUCACUCAUUUCGAACAUAUUCUACGACACCAACUAUUGCAUUGAUAGAGGGGCCGUCUUAAAGGAGAUACUUCAAAUUUGUAAUUUUGAGAAGAAGGACUUGGUGAAGUUGUUCAACCACCUAGACAGCAACGUGCUGCCUUACCAGUUGGAUGAGAAGUUUGCCGCUUCACUAACCAGGGAGGAAGUUCUGAGCCUGAUAUACUACUUUUUGUCUGUACCACCCCAGGUGAACGAGUUAAUUAGGAAGAAUUCGAUUUAUUUGGAGAUCAACGAAAUGAGCGUUUUGACGAACAAGGGUGAUUUGCCUCAUCUGAGCGGUGGAGGCGAGGAAGAGCAAUUUGGAGCAGUAGUAGUGGUAGUACCUUCCGUCUCUUAUUUGGAUUCGCUUCUCAUAAGCAAGAACAUGCUAUCUCUGAAGAGAGUGAACGAAGAGUCGAUCAUACAGUUCAACGUGGCGCUAUACACCGAGCUGCUCAAGAACCUGCGGCAAUUGCUACAGAAGAAUGGGCGAAAGUUGGACCCAUCAGAUGUGCCACCAUAUGUUGCUGGAGGAAGCGACGCGUACGAACAGAAGAAGAAGAUGAUCCUCGAAGUGAAGAGCUAUCUGCAGAGCAGCCAUACGUGCAGCGUGAAUGGAAGAAUCGACGGAGGUGUAGCCGUCUCAUUGGCGCCUCCCCAGUUUUCGAACGCCGGACCGCUGUUCAAGCCAGACGACAUCCUCACCUACAACGUCCCCAGCUUCACUUACACGGACCGAGCCAUAUACGUGAAGGAGCAGCCAGAAAUUCACAGCUCAUUCAACAACUUGUUUCUCUACGAGGGACAGAGUACCUCAGAUGGAAAAUUCCUGAGCGCAAUAGUGGUUCUAUCCCCCCACAGAUUUUUAUCCCUCGAGAGUGUUACCUAUGUAGGGCUCAUUGCUAACACAUUUGACGACAGCAACCAAUUCGUGUUGAAGUGUUACCCUCACAAGAAAUAUGACACAUCGAAAUUUUUGAUCAAGUUCAAUUUAGAACCCAACACAAUGUACUUGGUGUGUAGAAACAUGCCCGUCAAAUAUUUGAAAAAUGGGCUUUACGAAUUUAACAAGUACGUGGUAGAGUACGACACUCAUGCGGAUGGCACGGUCGGGACGCACAUCUAUGAGAGCAUGCCGAUAAGGCCUGUAUACGAAGUUCGUAAUGACCCGAAGGUGGUGGUUCCCAAGACAGAAGACAUUAGCAUUAAGGUGAAACUUGUGGAAAGCAGCAGUACGUCGUCUGCCACGAACGCAGCGAUAGUGGAGUACCAAAUAGAGGUGAUUGGAAUGGUGGAGCUGCAUACGGACCCGUAUGUUGUGGUGAAGCCGGUCUUUACUCACAGCUCGUACUUGUACAACACGAUUAUUUACACGACCGACGAUUACAUGGCUUAUAAGUACCCAAGGAAGCUGAAGUAUUGGGAGUUUUUGAGGCUCCCCUUUAGCAAGGGUCUGUUCAAGCACAACACGCUUACCUUGAGAACGCUGCAGUGUAAUACGCAGAGAGGGUUGGAGGACAGCUCGAAGGCGCACUGCGUAUAUUCCCUGGUGUUGGUUAAGUCGUGCUCCUUGGUGAAGGUCGUCAUAAAGGACCUCUAUGGCAACGAGUACGAAGUGAAGUUGGAUGGGGAGGAGCAGACGCAAACAACGACCGCAAACAGUGGUGCUGCCGUGACACCAGUGGAGACCAAGCCGGAGAAGGAAGAGACCGAACCAGGAAAGGAAGCAACCCAGCCAACCAAGGAAGACGCCAAGCCGGCCCCUGCCCCCGCACAGGGCAGCACAAAGUUGUGCACCUCGUUCCUACUGAGCAUACACAGCAAAAGCAGCGGUGGCCAUGGUGACCAUGAUGAUGCCACCUCCCUGGAGGAUUUAUUCUUCCUCGUGCACUCUUCGUGCAUCGUGAGGGAGGGUGUCAUAUCGCUGAACGUGGCGGAGGACACGAAAACCUACUCUACGGACGCGGAAGAGAAGCACCUCAUGAAUAAAGACACAUUCGACGAGAUCUACAAAAUGAUAUGCGAGCAGAUCAGCCUGCACAAGGGAGACUACUUGGUUAAAAUUUCGGAAAGCGCACAAAAGGGCAAGAUCCCCGAUAAAGAAAUGUCGGUGCAAAGAGUACGCGAAGACGGAUCGGCAUACGACAAGAGCAACUUUUUCAACUUUUGGAAGAACGGGUUCAACGUGCACUUAUUUGGAAAAAAGGGACAAGCGGCGAAAGUUCCCCCUAAAGAGGUCGGAAAGGUACAGGCAGAGAAGGUAGAGGUAGAGAAGGUAGACGUCGGAAAGGUAGAACGCAUCCAGGAAGAACUCCUCCAGGUGCAGUACGACAGACGAGUCGAUUACCUCAUAAGCGUCAAGAGGACAGACGUACCGAAGGAUGACAAGGAACAGGCGUACGAAGACAAGUACACCCUACUUACGGGAACGCUAAACUUUAGUGUAACUUCCGUGGUAGUGAAAGACGGAAAUCUCAGCGCAACGUGUUUAGAAGGAGAUUGCAUUUUGGACAAUACUUUUAUUGGGGACAUGAUAAAUGCGAAGAAUUUGAAAAAUGGCACAUACGAAUUGGACAUAAAAAAGAGGAUACAUCUGGCCAAGAUGGAUGACAGCGAUAGGCGAGAUGAACCAUCGUCAUCGUCGUCUUCCCUGAGAGGAGGAAACACGAACAACGGCGAUACCUUUUUCAUGUGCAUAGUGGAAAACUCGUUUAACACGCUCAGUGGAGGCAUGAAAUUUAGGAAGAUAGUCCAUGUGCAAAGCGAGGAACAACUGAACGCAAAAGAAGGGAUGUACGACGUCUUUAUCACUAAGGGUAGGUACCUAGUAAAGAAGGGCAGCAACAAUAGUGCAACUGCUAAAGACUCUGAAGUGAUCAAGAAGUGCAUUAACAAAGCGUGGAAGGUAAAGGACAACAAGGAAUACAAGUUUGGAGUGCAACUCACCAACAGUGUUAUUGCUAACGUUGCCAGGGUAGGAGGUGCGCGACUCCCUCUGUUAGGCGAAGAGGAGAAAGAAUACUACCUUUUGGUGAACAAAUUGGGAAAGAACGGCAUGCCCCUAUAUUCGAAAAACAGAAUAGUACAUUUCAUUGGAAAGAAGGGGUUAGCCGAUGGCAAGUACAUUGUGCAGGUGAAUGGCGACAAGUACGUUUCAGAAGCGCUGAGCGUGACGAGUGAUAGUGCAGAAAGGACUAUUAGCACUAUGCCUUUAGGAAAGGAGGUCAAUCGGGAUGAGUAUUUCUUUCAAGACUUAUUCAAGAUGUUACACAAGAAGCCAAGUAACGGGUCUUACUAUGUAGAACUUUCAAACAAAGAAAUCGUCGAUGUGAACGAAGGGAUCGUUUUCACAGAUCAGAUAGUCUUGACUGAACCCGCGUCUGUUGCUACCUAUCACAUGAAUGAUACACAAGAGGAUGAAGGAAUGGACAACCAGAAUAACAUUGUUAAAGCUUACUUAGUGGAAAUUGUGAGUGACACCGAAGACGAUGAAGGAGUUGCUGAGUAUGAAGAAGUUUACAUCCUGCACGGGCACACGUUAAAAGGCGGGCAAUUCCAUAUAGAAUACAAUAAUGGAGUAUGUACAAUGAAAAGUAUUGUGAGAGGAAAUGAGAGUGCACGUUCGAGCGACAUGGACAAGGUGGUGAAGAUAUCAGGCAGGAAGAUGAACAAUGGCAGUUACCUGGUGCACGUUAGCGAGCUUUUCAUGGAUGACGAGGGUGAGUAUUUUGACAACCCCUAUGCCGUCCAAUGGAAGAAGAAGUUGAAUGGUCAGAGUGCAGGAGGACAGAAAGAUAGUUUCGGAGCUCAAGAGAAAAAUGAGGGAGCGGUAGCCCAAAGCAAUGAUGCGUUUUGGAAGCACAUCAUGCAGAAUAUGGCAGUGAGAGAGUUCCACAAAGGAAGCAUGAAACCCUCGACCACUCCACAUCAGCAAAGUGGACAAGGAGCAGCAGCGGAGGAGGAGGAUGAACAAGGUGAUCGCCCCUUUCAUGCAUACGUUUAUCUGGAUAACGACGGACAAGGAAACAGCUGCAAGUUUAGGAAAGUUCUACAGGGAUGGGGAACUGGGUUGCAAAAAGGAAAGUACUAUGUACAAGUGCUGAACGGGUCCUACUUCCCAACAACACUCUACGGUCCCAGUGUAAAUAAUGAAUACCUACAAAUGCUCAUACAAAAUGCGUGGGCUUAUUCAGAUAGAUCCAUGUUGGGCUUCUUUGUUGAGAUUCACCCAGGAGACUACCAAAAAGCAGAACAGCAGAUGGAAAACACGCUGGAGAAAGGGGAGGCCUAUUACAGCGUCAGCAUUAAGAAGUUGAAUGGUGACCACCCGAAUAAAAAAGGGGGAGAAAAUGUCACAGGGGAAGGAAAUCUGAUCAAAAUUGCAGGAAGCGAAGUAGCUACAGGAGAGUACUUCAUAGAGGUGACUGAUGAAAAGGGCACCGCUACCGGAAUGGACGCGAAUGGGAAAGAAAUAGAUGCGUCCUUUCUCAAAAAUGUUGUGUUGUUGCUGAAUGACAUGAUGAAGAGGGGCAAGUACCACGUGGUGAUUAGUAAGGAUGUGGAUGUUAUGAAGACUGAGCAGGGGGCCAUAGCGGACGUAGCAGCCGUAGCGGCGGGAGCGAAGAACAUGAUUAAUAAGACCCUCGUGCUGACGAAGCUGCAUCUAGUGGACGGAGCCGAGAUCGUGCAAAAAGUGGGAACAACCAUCAUAGGGAUCAAGGUGCACCCAGACAGGAACAUCCCAGACGGAAGUUACGGAAUGAAUGUCUACACCAAUGGGAUGAUCCAAAUUAGGGGAUUAUACAUGGAGGGUAGUUUAUUAAGCCCAUCGGAAGAGGAAGAACUGAAGAGGGUGUUGCCAUCCCCCCCACCAACCGGAUUGUCUAGCGGCCUUUACUUGGUACAAGUGAAGAGCAGUGGGAAGCAAGAGCAAGGAUCAAGAAGCAACUUAAGAAAGGGCAAGGACAUAUCAUCCUCAUCAUCACUGAGUGGUUCUUCUUCAUCCGGUUUACCCUCGUGUAUGAGCAGGCCCGCGGGAAAGAAGACCUCCAUGACGAUAACGAACGCAGAUGGCAGUGUGGUGUACUAUGACAACCAGCCACAUGCUAGGGGUCGAAUAGCUCUACCAUCUGUGAAUGGAGGCAGAACCAUGACUCAGUAUCAACGAGGAAACUGCCAGGAUAACAUAAAGAUAACCCACUGUACAUCGUCGAACCCAAGCAACUGCAUGAAUGUGUUCAAGGCCCGACGGGAUGGAGAAUGA